CUCAGUGUCACGUUGUAUCAAUAACAGCUCCUCCUGCUGUUCAAAUGAAAGCGUGCUUAAAGGAGGCAAUGCAGGUGAAUCAGACAACUUUGUCUUUUCCUUCAAAAUUUUAAGUUCACACAGCGCAGUCUCAAUAAUUAAUUUAAUUCCGUCUUUUGUCCUUUUCUGAUAAGAAGUUAGCUCGAUUUCAUAAUGCGCAGCUAACUCUAAUAAUUGGUCUUUAGUCAUUCCAUCUAGCAAUUCCUCAGACGGUGACUGAGAAAUUGUUUCAAUAACAUCAGUUGCCAUAGUUACCAAUAAUCACGCCUACAAAACACACGCUCAGCUAAUAUCACGCACCCAAAAGAAAAAAAAAGACAACUGCUCUAGGCCCCGAGCCAACCAAAAAUAACAAACUAAAAUAAAAAAAAAUACACGUGCCCGAAGACACGCACUAAACCUACCCGGAAGGUUUGUUUCCCAAAUACUCCCAACAAUUUAUGUCGUCGAGCCUACAAACGAAUGGAGCGUUCCUUCAUACUCAAUUUACCAAUAGGCGGAUAACAAUAUACAAAUACUCCAUUCUUAUAAACAAAUUCAAUGUAAUUCGAAAUAUUCUACCUUUUAUCCUCCUACAAAACAAUGUUUUCCUCAAAAACAUACGCAUAAAUCCAAACAUGAAUUUAGUUCGACAAGCCCCCAAAUUGCCGCAACACCAAUCCAUAUCUCGGUCCUGGCCAGGGAUCGACUGGAAGAUAGAACGCCCCCGAGGACACCAAGCAAGAAGCUUUUAACCAUGAACGCACCUGUGCACCCAAUCCACUUGAUUAACUCAGCAACGCAGCACACUUUAAAGAGAAUCAAAACAUACAGACACGGCAAAAACAACACCAACACACACACACACAGCCGUGACAGCCCCGACAAGGAAAAGGCCCUGGCAAUCCUUGGGGAAGCGGCAUCAGUGGGUAUCCCGGGGGGUCUCGAUCUGAGAGCCGGUGUCGAUAGUAUUCCAUGCUCUCAAAGCAGGCCAUCCGUGAUCCCUCACACCUCCACCCCCUCUUCUCUCACCAGCAGCGGCAGAUCUUCUCCGGCACCAGUGUCACCGCAGUGUACAUCUCCAUCCGCCUCCUUUGAGACUACACCACACCAUAAACCCGAUAGAUGCUCCAGAAGUCGUCCUUCUGUUAGAUGUGACUGCAGCGAAGAGUUGGUGAAGCUCGAAAAGGAGAAGCUGGACGUGCUACGGGGAAUCGAGCAGGGGUUACAAGAGACCAACAACCUCGCCCGGGAAACACUGGAGGUGAAGAAGGCAAAGCUCCAGAUUCUGGAAAAGCAAUAUGCUUUAACCGAAGCACAAUUUCACAGGCCAACCAUUUCUGUUCCCAUUAUAAUGCCAGGUCAAGAUGACCAAACAUCAAGCCAGUGACUGUGGACUGUAAAGAAGAUAUUUUGUUUAAUUUAACUUAUGUCCAUUUUACUUUGUUUCAAUAAACACAAUUUUGAUUGAAC